AUGGAUCAAACGGCUAAGUAUGCUGAUACAGCUCUUAAAGCUAUUGAAGAUAUUUCUGAAGAGCUCUAUGAUAUAAGCAUAAAGAUACAUGAAAAUCCAGAAUUAGCUUACGAAGAAAGAGAUGCACAUAAUUUAUUAGUUAAAUAUUUACAAGAAAAAGGAUUUAAAGUAACACCUCAUGCUUUUGGAUUAGAAACCGCAUUUGUAGCAGAAUUUCAAUCUAAGGCUGGAAAAGGUCGUGUCGUUUCAUUUAAUUCAGAAUAUGAUGCUCUACCGGAUAUUGGUCAUGCUUGUGGUCAUAAUCUUAUCGCAAUUAGCGGAGUUGCCGCUGCGAUUGGUUUCAAAGCAGUUCUUGAGAAAUUUGUAAUUAAAGGAACUGUAAAGUUAUUUGGAACCCCAGCAGAAGAAAAGGGUAGUGGAAAGAUUGAUUUAAUUAAUGCCGGUGCAUAUGACGGAGUUGACGUUUCAUUAAUGAUUCAUCCAAGUCCAUUAAAUGGAGCUUUUAUACCUUUAUUGGCGAUUCAGAUUGCAGAAGUUGAAUAUUUUGGAAAAGCUGCUCAUGCUUCGGGAAUUAAUGCAUUGGAUGCAAUAGUUUUGGCUUAUAGUAAUAUUGGAUUUUUGAGACAACAAAUUCAAUCUACAGACAGAAUUCAUGGAAUAAUUACUAAUGGAGGAAAAUCAGCUAAUGUUAUUCCGGAUUAUACAUCUGGCACUUUCUUUAUUCGCGGAAAGUCAAUCGAAGAUUUGAAAGCGCUUCACCCGCAUAUGAAUAUAAAUGAACCUCUUGCAUCACGCUACGAAUAUUAUCUUUCAAAAAAAUAUGAUAUUACUUGUCCACCCAAAGAAGUUCAAUCCACCUUUACUACUGGAUCAUCUGAUCAGGGAAAUGUAACUUACUUAGUACCUGGAUUUCAUCCAUUAUAUGACAUUCGCACAUCUAUUCCUGCUGUUAAUCAUCAACGAGAAUUUACUGCAGAAUGCAAAUCAAAAAGUGCUCAUGAAGAAACUAUAAAAGCUACUAGUUGCAUGACUCUAGUUGGAUUAGACUUUUUACUUGAUGAUGAAUUUGCUAAGCAAGUCAAAGAUUGCUUUAACAAAUCUAAAUUAUAA